AUGGAAGCGGCGGCCGAGCGCGAGGAACUGGCGCUUCUGCGCUCGGUCUUCGCCGCGUGCGAUGCCAACGGCUCGGGCCGGCUGGAGCGCGACGAGUUCGGCGCGCUGUGCGCGGAGCUGCGCGUGCGGCCGGCCGACGCGGACGCCGUGUUCCAGCGGCUGGACGCCGACCGCGACGGUGCCAUCACCUUCCAGGAGUUCGCGCGCGGCUUCCGCGGCUCGCGGCGCGGGGGGCUGCGGCUCCGGACCGAGGGCGAGCGGGCCGCAGCGACCCCCGACGGCGCGGACGGCGAGGACGGCGCGGACGGCGAGGGCGGGUCGCAGGGGCUGCUGGCUCCGGAGGGCAUCGCGAACCCCGGCCGCGCGUGGCAGGACUUCCAGAGCCGCCUCGGGGACGAGGCCCAGUUCAUUCCCAGAAAAGAGCAAGUCUGUACCUUGUAUCAAAAUAUCAACCUUGUGGAACCAAGACUAAUCCAGCCAUAUGAACAUAUUAUCAAGAACUUUAUUCGGGAAAUCAGACUUCAGAGCACAGAGAUGGAGAACCUGGCCAUUGCAGUGAAGAGAGCCCAGGACAAAGCAGCCAUACAGCUGAGUGAGCUGGAAGAGGAAAUGGAUCAGAGGAUUCAGGCUGCAGAGAACCAGACACGGAAAGAUGAGAAACGCAAGGCUGAGGAAGCCCUCACUGACCUUCGACGUCAGUAUGAAACAGAAAUGGGAGACCUACAAGUGACAAUAAAGAAACUCAAAAAGCUAGAGGAACAGUCUAAACAUAUAAGUCAAAAAAAAGAAGAUGUGGCUGCAUUAAAAAAACAAAUUUAUGACCUAUCUAUGGAAAAUCAGAAAGUUAAGAAAGAUCUUUUAGAAGCACAGACAAACAUUGCCUUUCUUCAGAGUGAAUUAGAUGCUUUGAAAAGUGAUUAUGCUGAUCAAAGUCUGAAUUCUGAGAGGGAUCUGGAAAUAAUUCGAGAGUACACAGAAGACCGAAAUAGUCUUGAGAGGCAAAUUGAAAUACUCCAAACAGCCAACCGGAAGCUGCAUGACACUAAUGAUGGUCUACGGAGUGCCCUGGAAAGUAGUUACAGCAAGUUCAACAGGCCCUCGCGCAUAAAUAAUAUAUCACCAGGGAAUACAAUUUCUAGAAACAGUCCCAAAUUUAAUGGUCAUUCUCCGCAACCGCUGGGCUAUGACAGGUCAUCCCACUCUUCCUAUGUGGAUGAGGACUGUGACUCAUUGGCCCUCUGUGACCCCAUGCAGAGGAUUAAUUGUGAAGUUGAUAGCCUGCCUGAGAGUUGCUUUGACAGUGGUUUGUCUACCUUGAGGGAUUACAAUGAAUACGACUCAGAGGUGGAAGACAAGCACCAGAGACGAUUUCAGAGGUCACGUGGCACCCAGGAGAACUUUGGGGGUGAUGCUUCGGACACAGAUGUUCCUGAUAUAAGGGAUGACGAAACAUACAUUUCAGAUGGGGUGGCGUCUGUCUUAGGCUGGAAAUCUCCAGGUCCUGUUCAUGAAGGCAGCGUUGCUAGUUCCAGAAAGACCAUCUCAGCACUUUCACCACAGACAAGUAUGGACGAUGACAGCCCUAAGUCUGCUGGCUCGAAGAAGGCUUACAAAAUCGUACUGGCCGGGGACGCUGCAGUGGGCAAGUCAAGUUUCCUCAUGAGACUUUGCAAGAAUGAAUUUCGAGGAAAUACAUUUGCUACCUUGGGAGUUGAUUUCCAAAUGAAAACUCUCUUUGUAGAUGGAGAACAAACAGUGCUCCAACUCUGGGACACAGCUGGUCAGGAGAGAUUCAGAAGCAUUGCCAAGUCUUACUUCAGAAGAGCAGACGGUGUCUUGCUGCUGUAUGAUGUUACAUGUGAGAAAAGCUUCCUUAAUGUCCGCGAAUGGAUAGAUAUGAUUGAGGACGCUACUCAGGAGAGAAUCCCACUCAUGUUGGUAGGAAACAAGGCUGACCUUCGGGACACUACUGAAGUAGAAGGACAAAAAUGUGUCCCAGGAAACCUUGGAGAAAAACUGGCAAUGACUUACGGGGCCUUAUUCUGUGAAACAAGUGCCAAAGAUGGUUCAAAUGUAUUGGAAGCUGUUCUGCAUCUCGCUCGGGAAGUCAAGAAAAGAACUGAUGAGGAUGACAGCAAAUCCAUUACCAAUUUGACAUCUUCCAAAAAGUCAGCCCAGAUGAAAAACUGUUGCAAUGGUUAA